CUUCCUGCAGACUCCCUGUCGUAUGCUCAUUUUCACCAUCCAACCGAAAAAAAUCUAAUCCAAAAUCCAUCAACUUAUUUUUCCGACGGUUUUGGGGACUAAAAAAAAAAAAGCGAAAUCCCCAUGUGAUAUGAGCUGGGAAUUGGAUGGCACAAUACUUGCUGACGUGACGCCCGCAAACCCCUUCUAAUUUGCCAAUCCAGCCCGGAGUGCGCGUCCCAUAGCCCCCCCUCAGUUUGUGCACCAGCACUCUCCCGGUCCACAGCCACAGGGUGCAGAGCGGCAACAGAUUCAAGAUCCACUACACCUCCACUGAUCUGUGCACGCUUUUUCAUCGCGUGGAAAGUUGGAGGACUAUUUUUUUUUUUUUUUUACCCAGAGACGUCGUAUGUACUUGCGUGUCACCCGCCGCAUCCAGGUGAUCCGGCGCGCUGUGAAUCCAGCACUCUAUGAAAAAGAAGAAGAGGAAAUGAGAUCUCUUUGGGAAUCAGACACUGUUGAGGACUUUUUCCGCUCUUGUCGUUGGUGAAAAAGAUUUUGCAGCCUGAUCGGAAGACGCGGGUGCAUUUUAAUGUCACAUGUCAGUAUUGGAUGAGUCCGCGGCGCCGUAUCCUGUGCAAUAAGAGGAAUGGUGGUGUCGCAUGGAAUACAACUGUUUUGCUUUCAAUGGAGAACCGCUCAAAGAGGAUAAAUUGCGUGCAAAGUUGUGCGGCUUUCUGCUGAGGGAGUUUAUCCAGCGGGCGAACAAACAGACAUGGGGCCGCUCCAGUGCGUGGGACUCAGCGCGCUCCUCCUGUGCACAGUGGUGGACAGCAAGGUGAUCCUGGAGGGCCUUCAGAGGUACGGCCCCACACCAAUCUAUCUGCCUGUCAGCUACCGGAUCCUCAAUGCUGAGUCGGCGUUCUUUCUCCAGGAGGCAAAUCAGGACUUAAUGAGGAACUCCAGCCUGCAGGCUCGUACGGAGUCUUUCUUCGUCCACCAGGCCCGGCAGAUGCCCUUUGUCAAUGCUAGCUAUGGCCCGCUGUCUGUCCAGCAGCCUGUCCCUCUGGAGCUGCUGCAGACCCUGCCAGGGCCAUUUAACACACCCUCCUUCUCUUCAUCAUCAGUGCCAACAUCAGCGUCAUCGCCACCUCUCUUUACAUUUAACUGGAAGGUUCACACCUAUAUUAUCAGCGAAAGGAUUCACCCCAGUUGGCCAAAGGUUCAAGUGUUGUUCUACAUUGCUGGGAGGGACUGGGAUGAUUACAGCGCCAUCCACAAGCUGCCCUGCGUCAGGAUGUUCGCCUUCCAUGAGACUCAAGAGGUGCGGGGGACAUGCAGGCUAAAAGGUGAACUGGGAAUAUGUGUUGCCGAGCUGGAGCCCCUUGCCAGCUGGUUCAGCCCACCCACCAUCAGGCCAGGAAGGCAGAGGGUCUCUGAGCAGGCCCAGGGCACUCCUGUGGAGCUGUACUACAUGAUUCAAACCACGGACAGUGGAGACUGCAGCUCAGAGGAUUCAAGAAAGGACACCUCCGUCCGCACAGACCAGCAGAGGCCGAUGGGCUAUUUUGCAGGGCACACACCAAUGCAGCGCAUCGGGAGUGUCAGGCUGUUUCAGCCGCUGUCGGAGCUGAAACUGGACAAUAACUUUGUGGUGAUGGCACCCUCCAAACCCAUCCGACAGAGAGAAACAGUCUCUGCUUUUCUGGCUCUGUCCACGCUUUCUACAGUGCCAAUUUUCACCCUCAGGGUCAAGCUGAAGGACGGCGUGGUGUUCCUGGGAGCUAGGGCCAUGAACCCUGUUGUGUGGACGGUGAGUCAGGAUGUCAGAAGUGAAGGUCACAGGAUUGUCACCCUCCACUGUCGGAGGAAGGAGAACAGUUUUAGCCAAAGAGUGGAGGCAGCAGGCUACCAGCGAGUGCUGCAGGUGGACCUGGAGGUGAACGGGCUGAUGGUGAUUCAGGGCGGAAGGGAGGUGACAUGGCAGGUGGAGUAUCCGCUCGCCCGCACCCUUACCAGUGAGGUGCUGACCCUCAUCCGGCUGGCACCGCAGGACCUGGGUGGCAUCGUGCCACUAGCCAUGGAUACCGAGAUCCUCAACACAGCUGUCCUCACUGGGCGCACAGUCGCCGUGCCAGUAAAGGUAGUCACCGUAGGAACAGACGGAGCUGUCUCUGAUGUAACGGAGUCGGUGGAGUGCAGGUCUACAGAUGACCAGGUUAUCAAGGUGUCAGAGCGCUGUGACUAUGUGUACGUCAAUGGGAAGGAGACAAGAGGCAAGAGCAGGGUGAUGCUCAACUUUACCUACAGUUUUCUAAGCGCCCAACUUGAGAUGAGUGUAUGGAUGCCCCGCUUGCCCUUGCUAAUCGAUGUGGCCGACCCCGAGCUCAGCCAGAUAAAGGGCUGGAGGGUCCCUGUCAGUGCAGGCAACAGAAGGUAUGAGAGGGUCACCGAUGACAAGGAUGAAGACGAUGGAGCUGAUGAGAGGACAGACAACAGCUGUGUGGCCCAGUAUCAGAGCACCACUCUGCGUGUCCUCACUCACUUUGUGGCAGAUACGGGAGAAGUUAGAGGAGCCCCGGAGGAGGACGGACUGGGCCAGCAGAACUUCCUUCUGGGUAGUGACUGGCAGGUGGAGGUUACACAACUGGUGAAGGAUUCUCUGAGGGUGGCGGACCCGAAGGUUGCGCAACUGUCGGAGGGCCAAGUCCUAAUAGGACUGAGCCCUGGAACCACCAAACUACAGGUGCUGUCCCCUCUGACAUCAUCAGUCCUGGCUGAGAGGAGCAUCAGGGUGCUGGAUGAUAAAGUGAGUGUGACAGAGCUGGGGGUGCAGUUGGUAUCUGGACUCUCUCUGUCCCUGCAGCUCAGCCCAGGGAGUAACAGGGCCAUCAUCGCCACUGCAACCACACAGGAGGUCAUUGACUCACUAAAACAGGAGUCCCUCAUCAGUGCUUGGCUCCAGUUCAGUGAUGGAUCCAUGACUCCUCUAGACAACUACAACCCUGCCCAUUUUACCCUGGCAGCCAUCUCUCUGGAUGAACAGGUGGUGGUGGUAAAGCGCAGUGCGGCAUGGAAGUGGCCCAUUGUUGUUGCUAAGGGCGAAGGUCAGGGUUUGCUUGUGCGUGUUGAAAUGAGCCCAUCAGAGGUGUGCCAGAAGGGAAAAAGGCGUACUGUCACAGCCACUGGAAUGGCAAAUAUACAGGUAAGAUUUGGUCAGCCAGGGGAGCAAUACAGACAACCAGGUGAUCGGCGAACGCGGCCUGAUCCUCCAUAUUAUGGUGGAUCUAUCUCUGACAUGGAAACUGGGUUAAUCAACCGCGGAGCCACUACCAUCAGAGGUCACGUCCCAGUGAGACCUAAUGGGGGGCGUCUAUCAGCGGACAGCGGGGCGAGGGUCCCAAGCGAAUUCUCUGAAUAUCCAGACAAGGCAGAGCUGCCUCGUAGCCGCAGCACUGAUGAGGACUUGUUACCGUCCCGACGAGGUCUGACAGACCUGGAGAUUGGUAUGUAUGCUCUGCUGGGAGUCUUCUGCCUGGCCAUCCUGGUUUUUCUAAUUAACUGCAUCUCUUAUGCAUAUAAGUACCGUAGCAAGCAGCUUUCCCUGGAGGCCCCAGAAGCAAUGCCCCAUGCCCACGACUGGGUUUGGCUGGGCCAAGAGGAGGGGCUAUGUCUGCAGCAACAGCAGCAGGACGAGCUUGGUGGUACUCUAGAGGAAGGUAGUCAACUAUUAAAUGGAGGCGUCCAGCGUGGUAAUAAUGGUGUGGGAGGCUGUAGUUCGAGUGGGAGGGAUCACAGGAAUGAGUCGCUUAACUCACCCACUACCAAGAGAAAGAGGGUGAAGUUCACCACCUUUUCCAAUGUCAAGUCCAGUAAUGGAUGUCCUGUGCUCAGCCCAUUAGCACUAGUGCAGACCAGUGAGAUAAAAUGGGUAUGUCCGGACAUCGAGCUUGGGGACUCAAAGGAUCUUAGGAACUACAUGGAAAAGCUUAAUGAGAAUGCAAUUAAGAACAUUGCAUAGGGGGUACUGGGUGUUUUCAAUGAACUAAAGAGAAACUCACCUGAAUGCCUUCAGAAUAAGGAGGGAAGGAUGGUUGGAGGGAGGAAAGGAAAGAGAAAAUGAAUAAGGGGUGAAUAACAGACCGGGGCUGCUGUUAAACUGUACUUCACCAUAACAACAGGAAAGUGCAUUCAGCCGCCGCUGUUGUUUCCAUGGCAGUGAAGCAAAGGACUACAAAGAGACAUGAUUUGCCAUGGCACCACAGCAUAGUUAUGGGGAAAAUGUGAACUUGAUAUUGUUGCUUAACUUAAAUGUACGUCGUUUGUCUUUAAUUGAGGUUCAGUUCCCUUUUCUAUGCGCCACGUACUUUGUUUUAUGUUUUAUUUUUUAAAUCAUCAUGUUUUAAUGUUGUAUUUGUUGUACUUUUUUGCGCUUUGUUGCUUUUUUUUUUAAAGAGUUGCUGUAUGCUCUGUACCACAUGUCAGCGAUUCUAGAUUCUAGGAAAGAAGAGCAAAAUUUGUAUUGUAUAUAAACAUAGAGUUUGAUUUGAAGGUAUUAUAUGUAUAGUAACAUUUUGUAACAAGUGCUGUUUGGUUUUGCUUAGGUUUUGUUUGUAGUUUAGUUUUUGUUUAGUUUUGUCUCCAGAAGCCAGAUCCAUGCAUGAUGUUAUUAAUGAGGAGGCAUGUGUGUAUGAUCUGGUACCUGAAAUGAAAGUGUGUAGAUAACUAAUACCAAUACCUCUGGAGACAUGUCGGUUUGAUAUUAUUGCAUUCAUUCAUCAUGGAGCUGAGUUUUGGGUUGGUUUCAUUAUGUUAAUAUUGGUUUCAAAAGUUUUGUUAGCCCACACAUUUUCCCUUCUUAUGUUAAUGUUGUUACUUAUGCAACUCCCUUUCAUUCAGUUGCAUACCUCAGAUAAAGUAGACUUUUUACACUACUUUAAAUCCUGAUACAGCCUGACAUUCAAUUAGAAAAUGAAUUAGUUACAUUCAAAAGAAAAUCACUAAUCACCAUCAAGAGAAUCAAUAGACAAUCACAUAAAUAAUGUAUGGUUCAAUCCCUUCAUUUAUAACGUUCCAUAAAAAUCAGUCCAGUUUACAAUUUGUAUGGCCUGAAUUAGGUUGAGAGACUGCUGUAUAUGAAAUAUUGGAGUCCUGACAGUGAAUUAACAAAAUUACCACAAACUGUGAAGUGAAAGCCCAAAGUCUGGCCUCUUCUUCGUUUUAUCAUAUGUCAGUAUUGGUCCAUCGUUUUCUAUCUCUGUUUUAAAAUUGGUUGCUGGACUAAUUAAAACUGAGGGUGACUCUUCUCCAUCA